AUGACACAGCCAGUCUACUUUGCUAAUACUGAAACUGAAUAUGCAGCGGGUGCGCGACUCCGCUUGAAUACUGCCGAAUGGACUAUCUUAUCUCACAUUAACGAGCACGUCGCCCCCGUGGAACCUGAGGACGCAACUAACUUCGAUACUCGUCCAUAUGCUUGCGCUCGCUUCCUUGGCAUGCGGGAACGUGCUCAGCAGGCCAGACAGCAUAUCCCUCUAGAAGUGGCUGCCUUCCAGCAAUUUUCGCGACAGAAUGUUACUUGCACUCCAAGCCUGCUUGAUAAUAAGCAGGAACAGCAAGAAGAUGCGGACCGAGUUCCGGGUGGCUAUAUUCGCACCAUUGUCUGGAACAUCGUUCCGGGAAUCCGCCUUGAAGACGCCUGCAGUAACAAAGUAUUCUGGAGCCUCGCCCGUAAAGAGCGAGACCUCAUUCGCGAUGCCUUUCAGCGUACCCUCCCGUAA